UCGACUAUGAGAUACCCGUCACUCAGCUAAACGGAGUCCGAGGAUGCAGUGAAAACAAGACGGUUUUUCUUGACUUUUUACUUUAUUUUGGUCAUUUUCGUUAAUGCGAAUAAUACUAACACCUGAAUUCGAUUCGAUUAACGAACUGGCCGUAACCCAAUGAGUUUUACUCACACUCACCCGGAGCCAUGUUGCGCGCGACCUAUUUCCGCCGGCAUCAAAGGAAGCCCAACCAAGUUCUCCAUCGUUGGUUUUUCAAGAGCUGUGUCUGGACCCUUUACGCAAUCGCCUGCGGAUUCCACUUCUUUAAGCUGCACUACAAUGAGCGCACUAAUCAAGUGGAGGAGACCCAGUAUCAUCGAAUAUGGUCCAAGAUCGUGGUUGCCCUCAAGGUGAUAUUGCUGGCAAGCCCCUAUCUACACUACUUCGUGCUCGGACUGUUCAUAUAUAUCCACAGUACACUGGUGCAGAAUAGCAACGCCCAAAGCCUCCUGAUUAGUGUUAUGGUGCUCGGAAUCGUGGUAGGCGUCCUUCGGCGUCUACUAAUCUUUCUGCACCUGAAAAGAGAUCGCAGGUUUGUGAAGCAUAUUGUCAACGAGAUCCUGCAAAUCACCAGGGCGCUCGAGCAAAAGUUCGGUAUGCAAUUUAAGUGCGACGUCAUAUUGCUAGUGGUAUACUUGGUUAAGCUUUGGAUACUCAUCGUCCUGCUGGAUUCCUUAUGGAACAAGCCCUACUUCCUCUCGUCCAUCUUUCUAUACUGGGUGCUGUUGGAGUACUGCUUUGCAGGGUACUUCGUUUACCAACUGAUCCUGCUCAGCUGGUACCACACCAUUAUCUUGUUCCUCCAGCACUUUAUCGAGGACCAUGAGAAUCGGGCGGACAUUGAGGGUCGCUACAAUCGCCGCUUGAUCCUGCUUUUCGAGCUGCAUCUGCGCAUCAACAAUCUGCAUAAAUACGUUAGGGACAACGUCUCCUGGCUCUCGACCUCUGUUUACCUAAUGAUCUUCACCUGCAUCUAUAACGCCGAAAUGCUCAUUGAAUGCAGUCUGUUCGCAGGAGACGAGCUGGAGAACAAGAUCUACAUCAUUUCGGAUGAUUGCUUGGGACCCGUCUGCACUCCGAUACUAUAUGUGCUAAUCCUGGGCAUGUGCACCGAUCGAUUUCGCGAAGCAGAAGUACAGCUACAACAAUUGUUUGUAAUAGUUCAAGGCUUGUUUAUGAGAAAAGGAAAGUCACUCCUUCUAAUCACAAUGGUUCUUGACAACGAGCACACCUCCUUAAUAAUUCACCAGAAGUUGAAGCCGCUCCAAAACAAGAUCAUUUUGGACAUCACUUGUGACAGGGAGUUCGUCUUGGAUUACAUUGUUACGGUGAUCUUUACAGCAUUAUCGCUUGUGCAGUACACCAUAUCAACUGGCGGAUAUAUAAGCGAGUGUGUGACCCAUAAAUAG